AUGAAUGCUGCCGGCCCGGACCUGGCAGAGACGCCAGAGGAGCGGCGUUUCCUCAGCACAGCCGAGGCAGCUGCCCUGGAGCGGGAGCUGCUCGAGGAUUACCGCUUUGGACGGCAGCAGCUGGCAGAGUUGUGUGGCCAUGCCAGUGCAGUGGCUGUGACCAAGGUAUUCCCCUUGGCAGCUCUCUCCCGGAAGCAGAGGACAGUACUGGUUGUAUGUGGCCCAGAGCAGAACGGGGCAGUGGGACUGGUCUGUGCCCGGCAUCUGCGGGUGUUUGAGUAUGAGCCAACCAUCUUUUACCCCGUGCGCUCGCCAGACCCACUGCACCAGGACUUGACCACCCAGUGUGAGAAGAUGGACAUCCCCUUCCUCUCAUACCUGCCCACAGAGGUCCAGCUCAUCAAUGAUGCAUACAAGCUAGUGGUGGAUGCUGUGCUGGGCCCUGGCUCAGAACCUGGCAAGGUUGGGGGCCCCUGCACACGAGCGCUGACCACUCUCAAGCUUCUGUCCAUUCCCCUUGUCAGCUUGGACAUCCCUUCAGGCUGGGACGCAGAAACUGGCAAUGACGCUGAGGACGGGUUACGUCCGGAUGUGCUGGUGUCGCUUGUGGCCCCUAAGCAAUGCGCUGGCCGUUUUUCCGGGCGCCACCACUUUGUGGCUGGCAGGUUCGUGCCCGACGAUGUGCGUCGAAAGUUCGCUCUUCGCCUGCUAGGAUACACGGGCACUGACUGCGUUGUGGCGCUGUAA